UUUAAGAGCAGGCAGCCUGACGAGAAUAACUGUCAGAUCCCUUCCCUCCACCCCACACUCCAACCGGGGGCGAUGACUGUCUAAAAAUACCUUGUCCCACCCUCCCCCGGCUGCCGGUCUCCAGCCAGGGACCGUCUAAAGAGGACUCCUUGGAGCGCUGAGUGCUUCCUUCCAGGGCUGGAAAUCCGCAGGGAUCUUCCACGCUGACUUUUGCUCCUUUGUGCUCCCGAACCUGAUUGCGGGAGCUGAUUGGAUGUGACGGGCUACGAAGAGGAAGCUUCAGAGGGAAAGAAAAACCCAUCUGAGUUUCCUCCCUAGAAGGAAUACUCCCGUGUGCUUCUCCAUGUGAGAUCGCCAGGCCCGGUGCCGAAAAUCCGACCCCGGAAGAAUCACCAUGGUGAGGAACGUGGACGACCUGGAUUUCUGCCUGGCGACCCACCCCCAGGACAUCCUGGAAGGACUGCAGGGUCUGCGGACCAACCCCAAGCUGUCCGACGUCACGCUGCUCGUCGGGGGCCGGGAGUUCCCGUGCCACCGCAGCAUCCUGGCCCUCUGCAGUCACUACUUCCACGCAAUGUUUGCCGGGGACUUCGUCGAGAGCAUCUCGGCCCGGGUGGAGAUCAAGGACGUGGACGCCGCGGUCGUGGGCGAGCUCCUGGACUUCGCCUACACGGGCAAGCUCACCAUCAACCAGGGGAACGUGGAGGGGCUGAUCCGCACCGCCAACCGACUCCAGUUCCCCACCGUCCUCAAAGUGUGCUGCCGCUAUCUGCAGCAGCAGGUGGAUGCCACCAACUGCCUGGGCAUCUGUGAGUUUGGGGAGCUGCAUGGCUGCCCGGAGGUGUCCUCGAAGGCUCGGGCCUUCCUGCAGGAAAACUUCGAGGACGUGUCCCAGGAGGAGGAGUUCCUUCUGCUGCCCAAGGAGAGGCUGGCCCUCUGCCUCUCCGACGACCUGCUCCAGGUGCGCGAGGAGCAGAGCCUGGUGGAGGCCGUGCUCAGGUGGGUGAGGUACCAAGAGGGGGCCCGAGCCCGCCACCUGCCCGACCUCCUCGGCCUGGUCCACCUGGUCUCGCUCCCCGAUCAGUUCCUCCAGCAUCUGCUCUCAUCGGAGCCGCUGAUCCGGGAAUCGGAGGCGUGCCAGUCGGUCAUCUCCCGAUACCGCAGCACGAAGGAGAACACAUUCUCUGUUGAGCAGACCCUACUGGCCCUUCCCCAGAAACUGGAGGAAGUGCUGGUGGUGGUAGGUGGGAGAGCCCUGGAGGAGGCCGAAGAUGAGGAAAGCAGUGAGGAGCCUCCUGCUGUCUCCAGGAACUUCGCUUUCUAUAACGCCAAGUCCAAAUGCUGGACGGCCCUUCCUGACUUUCCCGAUUACCAUAAGUGGGGCUUUUCUCUGGUGGCUUUGAACAAUGAUAUCUAUGUCACAGGAGGAUCUCGAGGCACACAGGUGGACACCUGGUCCACCACCCAGUCCUGGUGCUUUCACCUGAAAGAGGGCACCUGGAAACCUAUCGCACCCAUGCUGAAACCCCGCACCAAUCACGCCAGCGCGGUCCUCAACGGAGAGAUCUACGCCCUGGGUGGCACCACCAUGGACAUCGUGGAGGUGGAGAGUUAUGACCCCUAUAACGAUUGCUGGUCUCUCAUCACUCCUGCCUUGAAGUACGUUAGCAACUUCUCGGCCGUCGGAUGUCAAGGGAAGCUCUACCUCAUCGGCUCUUGUGCGUGCAAAUAUAACGCCCUGACCCUGCAGUGCUAUAACCCAGUCAUAGAUGUGUGGAGUGUCAUUGCAUCUCCCUUCAUCCCAAAGUACCUGUCCUCUCCUCGCUGUGCCUCCCUGCAUGGUGCGAUCUAUCUCAUCGGGGACAACACCAAAAAAGUCUACGUCUACGACCCGGAUGCCAAUCUGUGGCAGAAGGUGCAGUUGCUCCACAGUCUGCACGAGAACGGAGGAAUGGUGUCGCUGGGAGGCAAGCUGUACGUGACGGGAGGCCGCUGGCAGGGCAUGGACGGCGACUACCGGGUGGAGAUGGAGGUUUACGAUUGCAACAAGGACGUCUGGACUAGGGAAGGGGCUCUGCCCUGCCUCUGGCUCUACCACGGCUCUUCCUCCAUUUUCAUGGAUGUUUCAAAGUGGACAGAACCCUUUGUAGGGACCCGAGUCCACUGAGCCAGUCCAGCGCCGAGCCCUGGACCACAGGGAGUGUCGGCGUGUCUCCGCACCCUGUUUCCCUCCAUUGCGUUUGAUCUUCUCGUUAUGCCGGGCCCCUCGGCGGGAGAUUCACAGACCGUCAAUCUGGAUCCUAGUCAGGCUGGUCCCAUGUCCCUUUGCCUCCAGUGGGCUGGAAAUGGGACCUGCAAAGGCUCGGUCUAAAAUGAUGUCAUUCUCUGGGGCAGAGUUAAAGGAGGAUUUUCCUAGAGAGCGAGCGUGAACACGAAGGGGCCCCUGGUAAGAAAGCGGGUACAGAUUUUGUCGUGUAAGAGUCCCAGAUCACUGACUUACUGAUGGGCCAAGUCAAGGCAAAGUGUUCACCUCAGCAAGUGGGGAUGGGGGGGGGGGGGCGAUAGGAACGGUUUCAGGACCCAAGGCAGUCUUAACUGGUCUUCUGGGUUUCUUAAACAAUUAAUUUACCUCGCCUGAACAUCCAUCUACUCCCAAAGAAGGGUUCCCCAACUCAAGGGUCAGGUAUAUUUUUGUAUCAGUUCUCACCCCACGGCUGGGGACACUAAGGCACAGAGUAGAGAAGGGGGUUAAGGUCAAAUCUCACCCCUGGGAAGGCAGAGAAGGCAGAAGAGAAGAAAGAGACAGCGAGAGAGAGGAAACACACUUCCGCUAAUUGUGAUAGAAAAAAUGAGGCUGAUUCUGUAGUUUACUGAGAAAAUAAGCAGCUGCGAGCAUGAGAAACUUCUUUUUUAAUAAACGGCAAGAUACUUCUAGCCCAGACUCUUUCAGCCCUGAGGAAGGUCCCUCUCUACAAGAUCACUUAGCUCUUCACCCCCAAUUCCCCCAGCUAAAUGACGGCAUGUCUCUUGACCCUCAGAUUUUUGCAUUUGACCUUUCACCUUUCCCCCAUGGCUAGUUUUAAUAGCUUGCCUCUAUAACUAGAGAUGGGUGUUUCUUAUUUUCCACCUGCAAAUCUGUGAAAACGGGGCAGUUGAUUCAGCUCUUUGCCAUUAUAAAAUGCUGUAAACAUCCCUGCAUUGCGCUUAGUCAACUUGCAACCAAACCGUUUCACAGUAAAGGAAAAACUCUGUGGCUCCUAGCCCUGCAAACAAGUCCUCUUAUUCAUAAUUAUUAUAAUUAGUAGUAAUAGCAUUUAUUAAGGGCUUAUGGUGUGCAGAGCACUGUACUAAGCAAUGGGAAAAAUUACCCAGGUAGGAUCUCCUAUUAAAUGCUCCAAUAAUUUACAGCAGAGUUGCCAUACCUCUGAAUUUAUUUUGUAGUCCCCGGGUGGAGAAGACUGCCUGGUCAGGGAGGUAACUCUCAGAGGAUUCUGGCCCCAAAUUUCCAAAAUUCUCGGGGGACAGCGGGACAGUCACAAGAGGAACAAAUGCUUGUAUCCUCAUAGAAAUUGUCACCCAGAAACUCUCUACUUGAAUUCUUCCCAUGAAUGGAGUUUAUCUGUGACUCAGUGUGCUGUUUGGUGUGCUGGCUUUCAUUUUUCUCUUUAUUUUUUAGUGACAUAUUUCCUGCUAAUGGUCAGAGCUAGAAGAGAAUUGCCCAACUGGCUUGAAUUCUAUUCAGGUACACUAGAAGUACAACUCAGUUUGGCUUCAGCAUGAAUUCUCCCAAGACCCUUGUUUAAAGCACAGGGUGAAAGACAGGCACCUCCUGGCCUGCAGCUUCUUGCACGGUGUUUUCUUCUGUCCACAUUUCCUCAUUUAUUCAACAGCACCUCCUCGUUUUCCAUAUUUUUUUUUUUAAGGAAGAAAAUAAAGCUUUUUCAUUUGGUUCUGGCA